CUCCACAGAAGAUCAUUCAAGAAGAAGGACAGAAGGGCAAAUGUUAGAGAUUCUUCUGAUAACAAUGGAGUCCUUACUCGACGUGAAUCUGAGGGAUCUCUGAAUUCUGCAACAAGCUUAGACCUGAUUUCUUCCUUCUCUGGAAAAUCUGAGAAUAGCAGUCGCACCAACAGCUUAGAACGUGAAACAGAGUGGAAGCAUAUCAAAUAUUGCUGUGUCUACCUCCCAGAUGGCACGGCCUCCCUGACUGCUGUCAAACCUGGACUUAAUAUACGGGAAAUGCUGACUGGAGUCUGUGAGAAGCGAGGAUAUAGUCCCUCUGAUGUGAAAGUAUAUCUAGCAGGGAAUAAUCAGAAAGCGCUGGCCCUGGAUCAGGACUGCAUGGUGCUAUCUGACCAGGAGGUGAGGAUGGAGAACAGGAUCAGUUUUGAGUUGCAAAUUGAAUCCCUGAAUAAAAAUUUGCGCAUCGUGGCCAGACCCUCAAAGACAAUACAAGAGGCUUUACAUUCGAUUUUGAAGAAAUAUGGAUUGAACAACCAACAUUUUGUACUAAAAAAGAUGGGUGAACCAGAAGCUGUAGAUCAAGGCAAGUCUGUGACCCAGGUAGCAGGACUGACUCUUGUUCUGCAUACUCUCACCGAUGUAAAAGAUCCUAUAAAAGCAGAAGGACAUACGGUUGAAAAACAAGUUAAGAAAGAACAUGCAACAAAGGAGAAAACUGGACUAAAUAUGCAAAGAGUAGAUCACCACCAUCGAGCAAACAAGGAACCUUGUUCUGCAAAUCAUGCUUCAACUGCCACCAAGUUUAACAAACCUGGCCAAACAAAAAAUAGGCCUUAUCGACCCAACAAUGACAUUGAAGGAUUGGUAGAGAUGCUAAACAGAGUUCAGAGCACUCGGGCAGAUGACCAGCGUGGGUUACUGUGCAAAGAGGACCUUGUUCUACCAGAAUUCUUGAAACUUCCAACAGAUGAACCAUGCGAUAGCUGCAAUACAACUUGCUCCUACAGUGACCCGGAGCUUCUACAAACUGACCUUUAUUUGGAAGUUACUACUGAAAAUUGCAGAGAACAAGAUCAUACUACAGACACCAGAUCUCCAUCUCCAGAAACAGUGUGCUUGUCCCUGAUAGAAGAUACUAUUAACCCAUUAUCAGAAAUCUCUGACAGCAAA